GGGGGAGGGUAGAAAAAGAGGAGGAGGAGGAGGUACCCUACAAAAAGGCUCCGCCGUCAGUCAGUCUGUCACACGGACCACACGCGCCAAAGGCGGCGGAGCGUCACUAGAUUUCAGCUCCAUCUCCUCUCUCAAACAUUAUCUCCAACAUAAUCAACACCUCCGUUUAGAGGAUUAAAUCGACAUCACCUGCGUUAUUAUUAUUCUUUUUUCAUCUCCAGAGUUGAGGAGAGCAGGUUUUAUAAGCCGACACAUGAUUAAAAGUUUGCGAUUUUUUAAAAUAAAAGGCAGCGAAACUCUGAUGUGCAGAGGAGGAGAGGGGAGAGGAGACAUCACCAUCGGUUCAUUUCAGCUCUUAAAUCUGCCACUGGUUGAACUUCAGAGAGCGCGCUGGACGGAGUAAAGGUACUGGGCGAAAUGAAGAGGUUUUGCGGAGUCCAUCAACACCAGCUUCUCCUGCUAUUGGCUGCUGCCAUGGCGACAGCCCUGGAUUCAUCACACAACCUGGCCAGUGAGAGGAGUUCGAUAGAGAGCACGUACGAGCUGACCAAAUACCUGGAGUAUCAGCUCAAGGAAAUCAAAGACGUAUAUCUCACCUACCUAGGCCCUCCAUUCAACGAGAAAGACUUCUCCCCUCCGCGGCCAAACAGCACGGCUCUGUCCCUGCCCAGUGCUGCCACACGCCUGGAGCUGUGGCACGGCCUGGAGAACCAGGCCCGACUCGCCCAGAACCAGAAGGCCUACUCUGUGCUCCUGGCGGCCGUCAGGGAGCUGGCCCGCUCCACCCUCUGCCCCUCCCUCAAGACCUCCCUGCUGCACUUCUGCACAGGCCUAGAUGGACUGCUGGGCUCCAUAUCCGCGCUGAUGACCACGCUCGGUUACGCGCUUCCUUCUCCAUCUGCAAACACUGGAAGCAACGAUGGCGAGCUGCAGUACCCUCAGAGGGGGGCGGUAGGCGACCGACCGGCUCCGCUGAUGAGCCAGAGCCUGUACAGGUCCAGAGCUGGGACAAGGACAGAGUCCGGUCAGCGUAGCAGCCAGAAACGAAGCGGGAUGAGGGUGAUCAGGGGGGAGCAGGAGGAUGGCGUCGGCGUAGACUUGAUGGAAAAAAGGAGAGGGAAAGAGGGGAGGAAAGCAGAGGUGACCACAGCUGGAGGAAGGAGCGGUGGAUCAAGGGAGAGGGGAAGAGGAGAAAGAGGGAGGAGAGGAAAGAGGGAAGAGCCUGAGAGUAGGAGAUGGGCCGCCAGCGAAGAGGAGAGAGCAGGAGGAGAGGAGGAGGAGCUGGAGGAUGAGGGAGGAAUGGAGGGAUGGGGGAGGAGGAGAAGGUUAUUGAGUAUCAGUGAGGAUGGAGAAGAGAGGGUGAUGCAGCCAGAACCUGGGGUCACAUGGUCGUACCCGGGCACAGAGAGCUCCGCCUCCAUUCGACAACCAACCAUCCGAAACGAGAAUCAGUACAGCUACAACCUGAACUCACACCACCCAGACACAAUCAGAAAAGAAGAUGGAUUUAUUCUAGAGAAAAGCACAGCGUUAAUGAUGGCGGAGGAGAAGAAAACAGACAUGGAAGCCACCUCCUCCUCCUCCGCUUUCUAUCGUCAGCGUCGGCCUCCUCGCUCCCUCUUCGUACCCACCCUCCAACCUCCCCUAUCCACCCUCUCCUUGCUCUACCAGUUCGGAGCGGGCGAGGAGCACACCCUUCUCCCCCAGCCCGUUCCUCUGUCUUUACGAAGGGGCACCUCCCUCCUUUCGCCCCCUCUGGCUCCGCUGCUCUCCUCCACCUCCACCUCUUCCUCCUCUUCUUCCCCCUCCUCGCUCCUGUCCGUGCGGCCGACGAUGAACGACUUCGCCAGGAAGGUGGAAGGCUUUUGGAUAUUGCGGGAGCUGCAGAGCUGGCUGUGGCGAUCGGCGAAGGACUUUAACCGCCUCAAGAAGAGACUCCGAGGCUGAGACACUGAGACAGCACACACACACACACACACACACACACACACACACACAAACAAACAUACAAAUGUGCAGUAUAUCGGAAAUCUAUUAUUUGCACAAAAUCUAAGUGGAAACAAACACAUUCAUGCUUAACACGUUCAUUCAUACCGUACUGGAAUAAGUGAAUGAAGGACUAUUUGGCAGGUCACCAGAAGUGCUAAUGGAAUAUAACACACACAAAGCCAACACAUUACCAGCACUGUCACCCGCCUAAUGCACAUAGCAGCUCAUUGAGCAAGACACACUGAGACUGGGCUGAGUUACCGGACUUCACGGCUCAUAGAUCAACAGAAAUACCACUGUAGGUGGUUAGACACACACACACACAAGGGUAGACUGAGUGACAGGCAGCGAGACAGACAGUGCAGCCAUUGAGUGAAAACUGAUUCAGUGACCCCAGAUGUGUGAAUCAGCAAACAUUCAUUUUCUCUAAAGGAAGAAGGGAAAAUGUCUGAAUGGGUAAAAGACAAAAGGAAAAGAGGAGGAAGUGGGGAGGGGGUUAGGAAAUGGCCAGAGGGAUGAGGAGGGCACAGAGGAGGAGAGGAAGAGGCAGAAAAGGAGAGGAAGACGGGAGGCGGUAUGAGUCAGGGGGAUAAGCGGUGGAAAUAAUGGGCAGAGGGGUAAUGCUGAGUAAUCAGAAGUCGACUGGUCAGUUACAGUAACUCUACAACAGCGCUACACAUACUGUCCGGACAGAGAGGUGGUCAAACACACACACACACACACACACACUUGCUGUGGUAUUUGGUGCCUUAACAUACCAUUCACUUCUUUGCUCUUUAUACUACUUUUUAAUGAUUUCACUCGUUAGCAAGAAUUAUUUAACAAAAAUCUCAGUAGAUUUUUUUAAUGUUUAACGGAACAGUUCAGACAUUUUGGGAAACAGACUUUUUUGCAUAUUUUGCAUUGAUUAGAUCAAUUCAACUCUCAUAUCUGACUGAUAUGGAGACAGUUAGCUUAGCAUAUAGACUGUAAGCGGACGAACACCUGGCCUGGCUCUGUCCAAACCAACAAACACCUCUAAAACUCAUUAUUUAACACGUUGUAUCUAGUUUGUUUAAUCUGAACAAAAACCGAAGCACAGGAACGUUAAGCAGCGAUCCUAGAGUCUUGUUGUCACUGGUCACACUCCAGGAUGACACUGGUCCUUGCUAAGAAGUGGUUCAGCAUUUAACCCCAGUCCCAAACAAUGAUGAAGUCUCGCUUUACACUUGUGGUGGACAAACUGACAGUGCCAGUGCAUAACAUUUGAGUUUUUUCAUGGAUUUCACUGUGCACCUCCUCUGCACAUCACGGCUACGGCAGCUUCAGAGAUACCACAUGAACUGUGUGGUUAACAUGUUUGCUUACGUUUUCACCCAGAAGUUUCUGAUGCUGGUAGAGACUGAUCAUAGUGAAGAUAACAUGACGUUGAAAGAGUGCUCAGUAAUCUAGCAAAGUCAUUUCCACUGCAAAGCUUCCGCUAACCAUAACAACAGCUCUCUGUGUAAAUACGGUGACAGUACAGCUAACCUGUGGAAUAUAAUUAAAGCGCCCCAUGGCCUGGUCAUUCAUGAUGUAUCUGUCUAAUGCUGACAUGGUGCUAGCGGGUGUGAUCUGAUCCUGAACCAUAAAUCAAAUCCCAUACUAUAGGUAUCUAUGGCAGGACCUCCCUUGUGUUGAUCGUAAAUCUGACUUCAAGUUUAAUGCUAAGCUAAGCUAGCCAUUUCCUGGUUUAAGCUUCAUUUUUAACAGACGGACAUGAGAGUGGUAUGAAUCUUCUUGACUAACUCUUGGCAAGAAGAUAUUUGAGUUCCCAAAGCCCCUAAGCUGUUCCUCUACGUCACUUCACGCUCCUUAACACAAAAAUGAAACACACUGAGGUGAUUUUUAAGAAAACACGAAACCAGUCUUCUUACUUUUACAAUUUACAGAUGGCUUAAUUUGUUUUUCCAGAAAAAAGUCUGUUUCUAUGUCUUUGCAAUGUGACUCAGAUGAUGUGGCUAAAGGUUAUGGAUCAUAUCUUUAUAAUAUUUAUUGAACAAGAUGUUUAUUUAUUUUUCUCCAGUGUGAAAAUACUGUAUUGUAACUCAAGAGAGAAUAAAUAGUAGCUUUUGUACAGAG